UUGCUUUACGUUUCACAACCAGGAAGUGACCAGGAAGCACGAAGCAGUGAGCAGGUUAAUGAUGAUGUGUUGCUGUAGCUAACUUGGGAUGAAAAUGUAAUACUUUAUCUUUAAAUCAGGACAACAUCCAUUGUUAUUGAAGUCUCUAGGGUGGAUAACCCACUGCUUUUUGUUUGCAUUCGGGAGACCUAUUCAUGUGACGAGCGAAACAGUUGGUCAUGCAUUGUAUUCGUUCAGUGUUGUUUACAUGAUUCAUCUGCAGGUAUUGUAACUAAUUUAGUAGUUAACCAUCGACUUUGUACUCAAACGUUUGUACCUAAUCGUGUUGUGUGAUUAUAUGCUAGCAACCAACCAUAGAUUGUGCCUUCAUAUUAAUGCAAAGCUAAUAGCAUAUUUAACAGUAAGUGGGGGAGUAACAGUAACUGGGUGUUUGUCAGUCCACCAGAUCUGUGUAAGUUUUGGAACCUGCUAGCCUAUGGUUAGCCACCUACAAGGUUCAAGUAUUUUUAUAUGAUGCUGACUACUUCUAAAGUUACAUCUUUAGCUUAGUCGUCCUGACCCAAUAUUGUUGUUUUGAGGAAGCGUGUUCAAUAGAUAUGAUCUCAUUUUGUGUGACAAACCCUGACUGCCCUCCCAGCCUGUUGGAACAGAAGGCUCUUUGUGUUCCCCUUGUCUUUGGCACAGUCUUAGUCUGUUUCUCUCACAUGUCUCUAAUCAGCUAGCUAAACAUAGCUAAUCAGGAAGACCCCUGGUUUAACUCAGAAGUGGAGUUGAGGAGGAAUGCAUUGGACACAUUUUGUCCAGCAUCUGGUAUCAUUGUUUCCAGUUUGAGUCUUGUGGCACAAUAGCAAGUUUUUUUAUUUGUUGAGUAGAUUACACAGCUGACUGUUAUGACCAGCUUCUUGGCUGUACGCUGUAUGAGGUGGACUGUGUCUUUUCCAUUUCGUAUAAGGCUAUAGGAGCUAGUCCUUGAUUAAUCAACGUAGGGAGGGAAGGAAAGUUGCAGCUCCUUCUUGUAUGUGUCCUCAGUCCUCUUACCGAGUUGUGACUGUGUGUGAGGCUUCCACAAGCCACCCAGCCUCAGGUCCAUCCCCAGCCUCUGCUUCAUCCACUAGCCCCAGCUCCCUCCUCUGCUCCAGCCAUGCCGUGCUGCCGUCCCUGCCCAUGGCUCUGCUCCCGCUCCUCAGCCUACACCCUGGCCCUGGGCCUUGGCUUCGUCGCCCUGGGGACCAGCCGCAUCCUGCUGCUCAAGUUCUCCGUCAACGCUGAAAACAAGUAUGACUUCCUCCCUGCGUCUGUCAACCUGCUGGCUGAGGGACUCAAACUCUUCUUCUGUCUGGUUAUGUCCCUCAGGGUGAUUAUAAAAGAGGGUCGUUCGUGCCGAGAGCAGGGCUGUUCCUCUGGCCCCUCCUUGCUCAGCUUCAUGAAGUGGUCUGUUCCUGCCUUCCUCUACUUCCUGGAUAACUUAAUCAUCUUCUACGUCAUGACCUACCUGCAGCCUGCCAUGGCAGUUCUGUUCUCUAACUUUGUCAUCCUGACAACAGCCAUUCUCUUCAGGCUUGUGCUGAAGAGGCGCCUGUCCUGGGUCCAGUGGGCCUCCCUUUUGAUUCUCUUCCUGUCCAUCGUCUCCCUGACGAUGGGUUCGGGGGGCAGCCAGCACGCCAUGGCAGUGCCGGGCCUUCACCCCGGCCCCCUGACCACACCGACAAACAGCUGCCUGCUCUACACCCAGCUGGAGCAACAAAGGAGCAACAGCAGCGAGUCCUCCUGGGUGUCGUCGCUGCCAGGCGAGGCAUGGCGAGGCAGGGUGUUAUCGAGGCUGCGCGCCCUGGGGAUGGGGCACGUCCUCCUGGUGCUCCAGUGCUUCAUCUCCUCCAUGGCCAACAUCUACAACGAGAAGAUCCUGAAGGAGGGAGACCAGCUCGCCGAGAGCAUCUUCAUACAGAACAGCAAACUGUAUGUGUUUGGUGUUGUGUUCAACGGGCUGACACUGACGCUGGGGACAGAGGCCAGGGGUCUUACUGUGCACUGUGGCCUCCUCUACGGCCAUAACAUCUACUCCUUGGGCUUGGUGUUGGUCACUGCCGCCCUGGGUCUGUCGGUGGCCUUCAUCCUGAAGUUCCGGGACAACAUGUUCCACGUGCUGAGCGGCCAGAUCACCACCGUCCUGGUGACGGCCCUGUCGCUCUUCCUCUUCGACUUCAGCCCGUCGCGGGACUUCUUCCUGCAGGCGCCCGUGGUGCUGCUCGCCAUCUUCGUGUACAACGGCAGCCGAGCCGCCGAGCCGGAGUACGCCCUGCAGAGGGAGACGCUGCGCAUCUCCAACGGGGAGGUCACCAAGAGGUCACGAGGGGAUGGGGAGGAGCUGCCGAUGCUGCCUAAGGCCACAGACAGCGAAUCAGAGGAGGAGUCUUUAUAGCACCUUCUGAAGGCAGCACUGCAGCCGUCGCUGGGAAUGGAAAUAUUGGUCUUGGACUGUGACAUCUCAAUCGACAUUCUCCUUGUGGUUGUGUGACAUCAGUGUCCACCACAAGGAACCUUUUGUCACGAGAGCUUUUAUUGAACGUUUGUGCCUGUCUUUAUGAUGAUAAUGCUGUAUGAUGAUAAUGUAAUUACAUUUUAUUACUGCUCUGUACAGUUUUAGGCUUAAUGAUUGCCCGUAUUUCUGAAAUGGUAUUCAUGUGGUGGAAGCUAAAAGGAUUCAUCUAGAAUUCAUGUCCAGAGGAUGUUAGUCUUUUUUCAGUUUCAGUGUUUUUUUGUUUGUUUUGUAUCAGUGCGGUGUUUUGGGAACAUUAUAUUGGCGUGGAAGAAAGAUACUGCUGUUGAAGGAAGCCUUGUGUGUCUCCUGUGAUCACAAGAGUAGUGACUGGCUGGUGACCUUGACCUGUAGCGGUCCAUAUCAGUGUUCAUGUACAGACAACUGAUUAUAUGGAGGCUGAGCGUCACAUCUCUGGGUUUGGUUUACACACGAAAGGUCAAUCUUGUCUUCUACUGUUUCCAUUUGUAUUUAACCAUACAGCUUCAGUAUACUUCUGCAGAGUAUUAACAGACAAUGGAAUCAUUAAUGAUUUAUACUACAAAGAGUAUAUUAUUUAUAUACAAAUUGUGUAUAUAUAUAGAUAAUAUAGUUGUGAUCAAUGUACAGAAAGUUAAGUGUUAUCUUGAACUGAUGCUUUGCUAUUCUAACUUAAGUAACAGUAAGUAACAAUACCUUUACCACUGAUUUUGCCAAUCUGAACAACUAUUAUCAGACAAUCAAUGCUAUUGUCUGUGAAAUGAAUAUUUGUUUUCUGUACAAGUAUCUUUCAAUUGCCUGGGAAGUUUUUAAAUUGUAUUUUCAAGUGAUACCACCAGGAGGAGCUGUAGGUAUGUAGUCACUGUAAAUGAAUGACUGUAUAAACAGCCUGGUUGGUGAACAACAUAUUCCACUCAGGGUUGAAUACUGGUUGUAAACACAGUUUAAUUGGUCAAAUAGCACAACACAGUAUAAAUAAGAACAAUGUAUACAGUAGCAAAUUAACUUUUUAAAAGAGAGGAAACUUUUAUGUGGGAGCUUUACCCCAACCAGUUGUAUCGCUGAUCUCAGAUAUCGAUUUACCUUGACUCAUGAUAACAAAUCAAUAAAUAGCUACACAAGCUUA